AUGGACUCGACCACAGCGACGGCAGAGCUGGGCUGGAUCGUGCAUCCUCCAUCAGGGUGGGAAGAGGUGAGUGGCUACGAUGAGAACAUGAACACGAUCCGCACGUACCAGGUGUGCAAUGUGUUUGAGUCGAGCCAGAACAACUGGCUACGGACCAAGUUCAUCCGGCGCCGUGGUGCCCACCGCAUCCACGUGGAGAUGAAGUUCUCCGUGCGUGACUGCAGCAGCAUCCCCAGCGUGCCCGGCUCCUGCAAGGAGACCUUCAACCUCUAUUACUAUGAGGCCGACUUCGACUCGGCCACCAAGACCUUCCCCAACUGGAUGGAGAAUCCGUGGGUGAAGGUGGACACCAUUGCGGCCGACGAGAGCUUCUCCCAGGUGGACCUGGGUGGCCGGGUCAUGAAGAUCAACACCGAGGUGCGGAGCUUCGGGCCGGUGUCCCGCAAUGGCUUCUACCUGGCCUUCCAGGACUACGGUGGCUGCAUGUCCCUUAUUGCCGUGCGUGUCUUCUACCGCAAGUGCCCCCGCAUCAUCCAGAAUGGCGCCGUCUUCCAGGAGACACUGUCGGGGGCCGAGAGCACAUCGCUGGUGGCUGCCCGGGGCAGCUGUAUCGCCAAUGCCGAGGAGGUGGACGUGCCCAUCAAGCUGUAUUGUAACGGGGACGGCGAGUGGCUCGUACCCAUCGGGCGCUGCAUGUGCAAAGCCGGCUUCGAGGCCGUGGAGAACGGCACGGUCUGCAGAGGUUGCCCAUCUGGAACCUUCAAGGCCAACCAAGGGGACGAGGCCUGCACCCACUGCCCCAUCAACAGCCGGACCACUUCCGAAGGGGCGACCAACUGCGUCUGCCGCAACGGCUACUACAGAGCAGACCUGGACCCCCUGGACAUGCCCUGCACAACCAUCCCCUCCGCACCCCAGGCGGUGAUCUCCAGUGUCAAUGAGACCUCCCUCAUGCUAGAGUGGACCCCGCCCCGCGAUUCAGGAGGCCGUGAGGAUCUCGUCUACAACAUCAUCUGCAAGAGCUGUGGUUCAGGCCGGGGCGCCUGCACCCGCUGUGGGGACAACGUGCAGUAUGCGCCCCGCCAGCUGGGCCUGACCGAGCCGCGCAUUUACAUCAGUGACCUGCUGGCUCACACCCAGUACACCUUCGAGAUCCAGGCCGUGAACGGUGUCACCGACCAGAGCCCCUUCUCGCCUCAGUUUGCCUCCGUGAACAUCACCACCAACCAGGCAGCUCCGUCGGCUGUGUCCAUCAUGCACCCGGUGAGCCGCACGGUGGACAGCAUCACCCUGUCGUGGUCCCAGCCUGACCAGCCCAACGGCGUCAUCCUGGACUAUGAGCUGCAGUACUAUGAGAAGGAGCUCAGUGAGUACAACGCCACAGCCAUAAAAAGCCCCACCAACACGGUCACUGUGCAGGGCCUCAAAGCCGGCGCCAUCUAUGUCUUCCAGGUGCGGGCACGCACUGUGGCAGGCUACGGGCGCUACAGUGGCAAGAUGUACUUCCAGACCAUGACAGAAGCCGAGUACCAGACAAGCAUCCAGGAGAAGCUGCCACUCAUCAUCGGCUCCUCGGCGGCCGGCCUGGUCUUCCUCAUUGCUGUGGUCGUCAUUGCCAUUGUGUGUAACAGACGGGGGUUUGAACGUGCUGACUCGGAGUACACGGACAAGCUGCAGCACUAUACCAGUGGCCACAUGACCCCAGGCAUGAAGAUCUACAUCGACCCUUUCACCUAUGAGGACCCCAAUGAGGCAGUGCGGGAGUUUGCCAAGGAAAUUGACAUCUCCUGUGUCAAAAUUGAGCAGGUGAUUGGAGCAGGGGAGUUUGGUGAGGUAUGCAGUGGCCACCUAAAACUGCCAGGCAAGAGAGAGAUCUUUGUGGCCAUCAAGACGCUCAAGUCAGGCUAUACUGAGAAGCAGCGCCGGGACUUCCUGAGCGAGGCCUCCAUCAUGGGCCAGUUCGACCACCCCAACGUCAUCCACCUGGAGGGUGUUGUCACCAAGAGCACGCCUGUGAUGAUCAUCACUGAGUUCAUGGAGAAUGGCUCCCUGGACUCCUUCCUCCGGCAAAACGAUGGGCAGUUCACAGUCAUCCAGCUGGUGGGCAUGCUCCGGGGCAUCGCGGCUGGCAUGAAGUACCUGGCAGACAUGAACUACGUCCACCGCGACCUGGCCGCCCGCAACAUCCUCGUCAACAGCAACCUGGUCUGCAAGGUGUCUGACUUUGGGCUCUCCCGCUUUCUGGAGGAUGAUACCUCAGACCCCACCUACACCAGCGCACUGGGUGGGAAGAUCCCCAUCCGCUGGACGGCCCCAGAAGCCAUCCAGUACCGGAAGUUCACCUCAGCCAGUGACGUGUGGAGCUAUGGUAUCGUCAUGUGGGAGGUGAUGUCCUACGGGGAACGGCCCUACUGGGACAUGACCAACCAGGAUUGUCAGAGGACUUUCCGGCUGCUCUGCACACAGUUGGUACUGGAGGAAAGAAAGCCGCCUUGUAAACACGGGCCAGGGCACCAUGGAAAUGGGGACCAGCUGCUCUCGGAGGGUGUGACAAGCAGACGUGUGUAG